CCCCGAGCUCCUUGGCACGUCCCCGAUUGGUGGGCAGGGCCGGUGCCUUUGAAGUGUGCUGCAAGAUCGGAGCUAUUUGACGUGCGGCUCCGGGAACGGGAAGGGCUUUUUUUUCCCAAAAGAGGUUUUUAUUAUUUUUAUCAUUAUUAUUCUUUCAUUAAAGUCUCGCUGGGGCCGGUGCGCUCGUCUUUGCCGCCGCUCCUGCCAGGCGCCCGGGCUUGGGCGCUGCGGAGCUCGCCUCUCCUGCCUCUCCCUCCCCCUCCCCAGCCUGGCCCGACCCCACCCCCGCCCGGCCCGCUCCCCAAAUGAGCGCUGGCUCGCCCGCUGGAUCUAACGCAAGGACAUCGCCCACCAGCAGCGGAGGGAAGAGCGCGGCCGCCGCCACCUUCUCGUCCUCUCCAGCCCAGGCUCCGGGAGCCGCGUGCCCGGCGCUCUCGCACCUGUCCCCGGAGGACCCCCUGCGCCAGGCGAACCGGCUUCCCAUCAGGGUGCUGAAGAUGCUGAGCGCCCACAGCGGACACCUCUUGCACCCGGAAUACCUGCAGCCCCUCUCCUCCACGCCCGUCAGCCCCAUCGAGCUGGACGCCAAGAAAAGCCCUCUGGCGCUGCUGGCGCAAACCUGCUCGCAGAUCGGCAAGCCGGACCCUCCGCCCGCCUCCAAACUCAACUCCGGCGCUUCGGCCGGGCUCUCCGGGCCGGACAAGGAGUCCGGGAGCCGCGGCGGCGCCCUCAAGCAGCUUGGCGAGCCGCCGACCGAGGACAAGUCCAGCUUCAAGCCUUAUUCCAAAGGCGGCGGAGGCGGCGAUCUGCGUAAGGAGGGCGGCGGCGGCGGGCAGCCGAACCAGGCCGGGCCGGGCGCGGAGAAGACGGGCUUCCGCGUGCCCAGCGCCGCCUGCCCUCCUUUCCCUCCGCACGGAGCAGCCGCCGCCACCGCCUCGUCCUCUUCCACCUCCUCCUCCCCGGGCGGCUCGAGGGGCAGCUCUCCGCAGCAGCACGCGGAUUGCAAAGGCGCCGACGACAAGAAGGAGAUGGAUAUGUCCGCCAAGGCCAGCCCCGACGGCGCGCAAGGAGCCGGCGGCAGUAGCAGCCGCGCGGGCAGCGGCGCGGGUAGCGCGGAGCCCGGAGCUCAUACCGAGGCCUCUUCCGGGCGCAAGUCGGAGCCUCCGGCCCUGAGCGCGGGCCACGUGGCUCCGGUGUCCCCAUACAAGCCGGGACACUCGGUGUUUCCUUUGCCGCCCUCCAGCAUCGGCUACCACGGCUCCAUCGUCGGGGCCUAUGCUGGCUACCCGUCCCAGUUUGUGCCCAGCUUGGACCCUACCAAGCCCAGCCUGGUGAGCAGCCAGUUGCCUGGCGCCUUGGGGUUACCGGGCAAGCCCCCCAGCUCCAGCCCUCUGACGGGGGCCUCUCCCCCUUCCUUCAUGCAAGGAUUAUGCCGCGACCCCUAUUGCCUGAGCUACCACAGCGCCUCGCAUUUGGGCACUAGCAACUGCUCCAGCUGCGUGCACGACCCGGGCAGCCUGAAAAGCGGAUAUCCCUUGGUGUACCCCACACACCCUCUGCACACCACCCUCUCCAGCGCCACACCCAGCCUGCCGGGCCACCCGCUCUACACGUACGGCUUCAUGCUCCAGAACGACACCCUUCCCCACAUAUGCAACUGGGUGUCUGCCAGCGGACCCUGCGACAAGAGGUUUGCCACCUCGGAGGAACUGCUGGCCCACUUACGGACCCACACGACACUGCCAGGGGCAGAAAAACUCCUGGCUGGCUACCCUACCUCUGGGCUGGGGUCCGCGGCAUCUUGCCACCUGCAUCUCCCACCCACCGGCCCCGGGAGCCCCAGCUCCUUCUCUUUGAGAAGCCCGCACACUUUGGGACUAAACCGGUACCACCCUUACGGCAAGAGCCACUUGCCCACGGCCGGGGCGUUGCCGGUGCCCUCUUUGCCUGCAGCUGGACCUUACUACUCUCCAUAUGCCCUUUAUGGCCAAAGACUAACCUCAGCCUCUGCACUUGGAUAUCAGUAACUACAAUUGUCUGCCGCCUCUCCCUCUUCUUUUCCUGCCCUCGUCCUGGGACUAUGUAUUUAUUUACUGUAUGUUAGCUUAAAGCUGGGAAUUAUAAGUGCAUUAAUACGCCAAUGAAUCAAUGGUAUGCAAAAAGUCUGUGUCCCCCCCUCCCAAAAAAAUAAUAUUGAUUAUAACAGUACCCAACCUAAAUCUCUCUCUCUCUUUUUGCUUGUGUGGGGGCUCUUAAUUGUGUUUUCUUUUAUCUUUCUUUUAACCCCCUAUAAUUUUCUUUUUUUAAAAAAAAAUCUCUUUGAUCCCCCAUAAACCAUUUGCAUGAUUCUCAACAAAAUGCACCCCUCCCUCCUUUGUCCCCCCCUCUUUUCUUUUUUAAAAGGAAAUAGUUUCCCCCCCUUUUGUACAGCUAUCAGAAAUGUAAUUAUAUUUUUUUUGUCCUUUUGUGUAUUGUGUUCUAAGGAAAGGGGCGGCGGGAGGUCAGCUGGGAGAUGUUCUGUGGCUUUGUUCUAGCUGCAGGAUGGCAAGAGCAUCACUUGCCAUGCGGUGGUGAGAUGCACUUUGCUGAUGGGUUGUGAGCAAGGAAGGACCCCAGCCUCUGCCGCCGGCUUUGGUUCUGAGGACUACUCCAUCUUAAGUCAGGUGCCCUCUCUCUUCUCCAUAAAGUCAGGUGCUCUGAGCUUUGAGAGUUGGUGGGUGCCCUGUAUGGAGGCAAGGGCUGAUGUGCCAGUUAUCCUGGUGCUUGGAUGUUGCUGAUGAUACUUGAAGCCCAGAAAGUGCGCUGAACAAGUUGAUCCAUCACAGGGACACCUACCACAAUUUUUUUGAGGUGGCUCUUCUUUUGUUUAUUUUGGUGUUUUGUUUUUUUUUAAAGACCUGGAUUUAAAUAAAAUUGGCAAGCACCCUCGAGGGACUGGAACUGAAGACCUAUUUUUCCCCAACCUGCACCAAAUGAAGAACUCAAAAUAACUUUUGCUUAGCCUAGUACAAGCUGGAUCCUUAUAAAGAGUCCGGCUAGCCCCAAGGGGCCAGUUGCAUCCUCAACUGCAGGCUCAAAUCUACAUACCAAAAAAAAACCAUUCAAUCCUCCCUAAUCCCCCAAUUUAUCUUGACCUAUGGGAAUGGAACUGUCAUUAGGUUGUGGAGCCCCACCCCCACCCCCCAUCCCCAGUCUUAACGCAGCGCGGAAGGCUGCGGAUCAUUUUGGGUGAUAAGAGCUCCAUCCUGGUAAGUCUUAUUUUGUUAAUAAAUGAAUACUUGGCUAUAUCUA